AUGUGCGCCUCUCGGUCUGCCGCUCGUGAUAAUGAUUCAGACUCUAGAGACUUCAAAAUCUUCAGCGUGAAAAGACUUUCUUAUUUUAAAAUCCCAUCUGAGUUCAGAGAGGGCAGAUGUCGGAGUGUUGCAGAGUUCGAGAAGCUCAAUCGCAUUGGUGAAGGGACAUAUGGCAUAGUUUACCGUGCCCGUGACACUGUAUCAAAAGAGGUGGUAGCUCUUAAAAAAGUUCGUAUGGAAAACGUUAGGGAUGGAAUUCCAAUCAGUAGCCUGCGCGAAAUCACCUUGUUGCUUAGCCUUAAACAUCCAAAUAUUGUUCACUUGAGAGAAGUUGUUGUUGGUCGAAGUUUAGAUAGCAUAUUUCUUGUAAUGGAAUACUGUGAACAAGAUAUGGCAAGCCUACUUGAUAAUAUGCCCAAUCCCUUCACAGAAUCUCAGGUUAAAUGCAUAAUGCUUCAACUUUUCAAAGGUCUGAGGUAUCUUCAUGAAAAUUUUAUAAUUCAUCGAGAUUUGAAAGUUUCCAAUUUAUUAAUGAACGACAAAGGACUUGUCAAAAUAGCUGAUUUUGGACUUUCUCGGCCUACUCAUUCUCAUAAUCCCAUGACGCCGUGUGUUGUCACUCUAUGGUAUCGUGCACCUGAAAUUUUACUUGGCGAUAAGAACCAAACCAAGGCUGUUGAUAUAUGGUCAGCCGGAUGUAUUAUGGGCGAGCUCUUGUUACAUAAGCCUUUACUUCCGGGGAAGACAGAAGUGCAUCAGCUAGAGUUAAUUAUUGAUUUACUCGGCACACCCAAUGAUCAGAUUUGGCCGAAUCUGUCUAAAUUACCAGCGUUAGAAAAAAUUAACCUGAAGAAACAACCAUAUAACAAUUUGCGGCACACAUUCCCAUGGCUAUCAGACGCUGGACUACGUCUGCUGAAUUUCCUAUUCAUGUAUGAUCCUUCCAAACGUGCUCGAGCCCGUGAAUGUUGUCAGAGUUCUUAUUUCCGUGAGCAUCCUUUGCCUUGUGAACCUGAUAUGAUGCCAUCUUUUCCACAACACCGCUUAAAACGUAAAAAUUCUCCAGGUGAAUAUGAUAGCAAAGGCGCCAACCAGACUCAAGACCAAGCAGCUGGAUUGUUUGAUGCUGCUUUCGAUCGAAUUGUGAAAAAACGGCGGGCGUAA